AUGAAUCCUGUUAAAUGUCCUGUUCACUCAAGUCUGGCUUUGGGUGCUUCUCUUAAAAAGAAUAUAGUGCGUUAUGAUGACUUCAAGGUUUAUAAGAUUAAAAUUCAAAGUCCAGAACAGUAUGAAGAGAUCAGACAACUUGAAUCCAAAUAUAACUUAAAUUUUUGGAAUGAAGUACGUCGAUUGGAAGAUGAUUUUGAUAUUAUGGUUCCACCGCUUAUGCAGGAAAAAUUCGAAAACUAUAUGCUAGCAAAGAAUUAUAGCUACGGAGUUAAAAUUAAAAAUGUACAAAGCUUAAUCGAUGCUGGAAUUCCAUCUCAACGUUCAUCACGCAUGGAUUGGAAGCAAUAUAACACUUUGGAUGAAAUUAAUAUUUGGUUGGAUGAAAUUGCGGAUCGUUAUCCUGACAUAAUAACACCUUUCAGUAUUGGUAAUUCUCAUGAGGGACGCAAAAUUAAGGGUAUAAAAAUUUCCUAUAAACCUGGAAACAAAGCAAUUUUCAUAGAGUCAACCAUACAUGCCAGAGAGUGGAUAACAUCGGCUGCUAUAACAUAUGUGAUAGACGAGUUAUUGGUAUCAAGAAAUCCUGCUGUACGAGAUAUAGCGGAAAACUUAGAUUGGUACAUCAUACCAGUAUUGAAUGUCGAUGGUUUUGUGUAUUCACACGAAGUAAAUCGAAUGUGGCGUAAAUCACGUUUACUAUCAGAUCCAGCUGGUACAUGUUAUGGUACUGAUCUAAACCGUAAUUUUGACUUUUUAUGGAUGAGCGUUGGUGCAUCAGAUAACCCAUGUUCCGAAACUUAUGCUGGUCCUUAUGCUGAAUCGGAUGUUGAAAUUAAACAAAUGUUGCAGUACAUUAAUACAAGUAUACCCGAAGAUACAAUAAGAAUUUAUAUAUCAUUACAUUCGUAUGGUCAAUAUGUACUCUCACCCUGGGGUCAUACCGAAGACUUUCCGGAACACUACCCGGAGAUGAUGCAUGUAGCUAAGGGUUACGCCGAUGCGCUGUAUAGACGUUUUAAUACUGUAUUCACUUAUGGUUCGAGUUCAACAACUUUAUAUAAAGUUUCUGGUUCUGGUAAAGAGUGGGCAUACGGUGUUAAAGGUAUACCAAUUCCAUACACUAUCGAAUUACGUGAUAAAAGUGAAUAUGGAUUUUUAUUGCCACCAGAGUAUAUUAUACCCGUUGGUUCUGAAGUGCUCGAUGGUUUUGUAGGUAUGGUAGAUGCAGCUCGAGAAGUCAAUGUUAUAUAAGGAAAAUAUUUCGAAAUAAAAUAUAGACGAUUUUAAAUUUGCAAUUAAAAUGUUUUC